GAGUGGAGUGGGGGCUGAUUUUUCCUGAUGCUAACGGGGAGUACCAAUCGCCUAUUAACCUGAACUCGAGAGAAGCUAAAUAUGACCCCUCGCUCCUGGAAGUGCGUUUGUCGCCGAAUUACGUAGUGUGUCGUGACUGUGAAGUGAUCAACGACGGGCAUUCUAUUCAGAUUGCCCUGAAGUCAAAAUCAGUGUUAAUAGGGGGGCCAUUACCUCGAGGACAUGAGUUUGAGCUACACGAUGUUCGAUUUCACUGGGGGAGAGAAAACCAGCGCGGUUCUGAACACACGGUUAAUUUUAAGGCCUUUCCCAUGGAGGUUGAUUUCAUGCAGAUCCUGGCAACGCAGGAGGAUUACUUGAAUGGGGAAGACUUAUCAACUGAAGGCAAAGCAGAGGAAUCACCUCUGCAUCCUGGUUACCUGGCAUAA